AUGCCGGGGUACUUCCUGCCUACCUUAGCCCCUCCCACCCAAAGGUCGUUCCAGGGCUGCAUGCAGGCAAUUCUGUUGGAUGAUCAGCCGGCGGAUAUGCAUGCCGUGGAGAAAGGCAUUGUGGGAGCAUUUGAGAACGUCAGCUUAGACAUGUGUGCCAUUAUAGACAGGUGUAUGCCUAACCAUUGUGAGCAUGGAGGCAGGUGUAAACAGACCUGGGACAGGUUUAGCUGCACAUGCGACGGAACCGGAUACACUGGAGCCACCUGUCACACUUCGGUGUUUGAACAGAGUUGUGAGGCGUAUAAACACCUGGGCAGAUCUUCAGACACAUUCUGGAUAGAUCCGGAUGGGAGUGGACCACUCGGACCUUUCAAAGUCAACUGCAACAUGACAGAAGACAAGGUGUGGACUACUGUGGUAAAUAAUCUACCAGCCCAGACCUCAGUGACCGGGUCUAGCAGAGAGAGACGCACUGUGCUGCAACUCAACUACAGUGCCUCUAUGGAACAGGUCACAGCUAUUACCACCAGUGCUGAACACUGUCAACAACAAGUGUCGUACGCCUGCCGCAUGUCCCGACUGCUCAACACACCCGCUUUUGUCUGA